CGAUACAAAUAUGGCGGACGUAGUAGAUUCCUUUCUCGCUAAGAAAUGAACUGAAAAUGUGAUUUGCAGCGAUUUUUUGGUUUAAAAUCUACAAUCAUGCUGAUAUAUGUGGAGAGCAAAGCUUUUCCGAGCAAGACAUUUACUCUGGUGUGGAACCCACAUGAAACUGUUGCAAGAGCAAGAGCACAGAUGCUUCAUAUUUUAUUUGAGCUUGGAAGAGCAGAGCACCAGUUUCGAUUCAGAUUCAAAGGCGAAUAUCUGAGAGAUGGUUAUACCUUUGAGGACUACAGGAUUCUGGAUAACUCUGUGAUCAAAAUGGUUCCAAUGAGUAAAAGAAAAAGAGGAUCUUACGCAACUGUAUUCGGGCAAGACCAAUCUGCUCAAGAAGUAGCUGGCUCUGAUGUACAUGCGUUUGGUUCACGAGUAAACCUCCUAGGACAAGAGGAGUUAGAUGAUGUACAGAAGGCAUUGAGAAAAGAAAUUACCAUUUUUGAACGAAGAGAGACAUUACUGGGCAAUUUUAAGGUCCUACUAUGGAUUCAUUUUCUGGCUACGGUGUUAUCCUUUACAACCAUUUAUUGGUUUUCCUCAUUUUGGACAGGUGCUUUGAUGUUGUUUGGUUUCUUAUACUGCCCAAAUUACACAAGACUUGGAGGUUUUGUGGGAAAGCAUGGAAUGAACAAAAAUACCUUUGUGAUUGCUUUUGCUGGUGGAGGUAUCAUGAAUGUAACAGCAUCUUUGCUGAUGGGGAUCUAUGUCAUUUUUGAACUGAUGGCAUUUGAGUGCGAUAAUGAAGAGAGCACCUGUUUGCGGAAGAAAGAGCAGAUGUAUUGGUCAAUAACCUUUUACCUUGGCCAGGCAUUUUUCCUGGUAUGCAGUGUGUUGAUAUGUGCCAUUUUGUUUCAUAACUUCAAAACAGAGGUGGGUGACCUCAUUGAGACGCAUCUGGUACAAAUCAGGGACAUUGAUAAAGUUAUGAAAAGUGCCAAGACAGGAAGCAUGAAAGAGAGAAGAAGUGCAGCCUUUGAACUGGCCAGUUUAGCUGCCACAGGAGAUGACACAAAGUUUAGAAUUGUACAAGAGGGAGGACUACCAGCCUUGAUGAAUUUGUGCCUGUCACAAGAUCAGGCCACUCAAGAAUAUGCAAUAGAAGCAAUAUCAGAACUACUCACUGUCCCUGUUAUCCAGGACCAGUUUGUGGAACUGGGUGGAGUUCGCACCAUGUGUGCUCUGUUGCACUCCAAGGAGAAUCGUGUGGUGAAUGAAGCUGUGACAGCCUUGUCGUACAUAGUGUCUGACAGUGAAGCCAACAGGCAGGUGGUCAUCGGAGAAAACGGCUUGGAAGAUUUGUGCUACGUUGCUGAACGAAUUCAAGUCCCAGCUUCUCGAAUUGUGGCAGCAAUCUUCCUUGAACUUGUGUUUACUGCAGAGAUACGUGUCAUGCUUUCCCAGCAGAAUGCGCCUGCUACUUCACUUGUGCAUCUGUGCAAACUUCGAGAUGCAGAAACGCAGCGACUUGCUCUUCAAACACUGGAGCUGUUGGCCAUAGAGAAUUCUGAUGUCAUUGUUACGCAUGAUUCCCUGCUGGAGUUGCUGCUGUCUCUUCCUAAUCUGACAGAUGAUGAACAGUUGUUCUUGCUGGCAGGAAAGAUUAUUCUUUAUUACGCUGAAAGUGAGCUGGCCUGUCAGAAACUUGUUGAGGCUGAGAACUUGAAGUUUUGUUUGAUGGAGUUGGCCUACAGCUUGGAUCCUCUGCUACAGAAUGUAGUGGCCAAGAUUAUCCUGGCCAUGAUAGACUCACACGAGAACAAGGACGAAAUUACCGAACUUGGCUUGGAUGAAGUGUUAAUCCACAUCAGAAAUGAGUCUACAGACCGAGAUGCUUGGCGCAUGGCAGAUCACGGACUGAUGAUACUGCACAAUGUCAAACAAACUACUGAUUCAAACAAAUCCAAAUCACUUGCCACAGACCUACCAACUAAGAAAGCUCUUUGAACCACGUGAUGGGUACUAUGGAAUGUAGGAGUGGAAUUUGGGGGUGGAAAAGAAGCCUUUUACAUGUACAUCCACUGUGUUAAAGCUCUUUUUUUUUUAAUUACCUUCUUAGAGCCGGAAAUGUAGCAAAUAGAAAGAAUAACGAAAGAUAGGAAAGAUAGACAAGACCAUGAUUUGAGCUCUACAUGUCUACAUAUUAUAGGCUUGUACUCACUCACAGGUAACUGAAAUAAGUAAAGUGUAUAUAUGCAAACAUUGCAAUACAGUGAGAGUGAAUCAGCUCAUUUUUAAUCAUCGAAGAACAGCACAGAACUUCAUGAGACGAAUUUGAAACUGUAUCGGUGUAAAACUUCUCGUAGAGGAAUGCAGCGUUCAACACUUAACACCGUAACACAUCAGUAUGCAUAUUCUUCAUACAUCUCCAUACAUUUCCCAAGGUGCUGACAAGGAGAAUUUGUUGAAUAAUCAAG